AUGGCGACAGACCCCAGUGGCGGUCAGAAAUGGCCUCGAGAAGGAUACCGACCCGAAUGGCUGGCACUCGAAGAUGCGGCCGGGGGACGCUAUGUCAUGACGGGCGACUUUUCUGUCGACGUGCCUACCUACGAUGCUGUCUUUGCCGGACUGGCCAAGCAAUGGCCCCCCCUGCCUGAGGCGUUGACGGUCUGGGACGAAAAGACCGACAGUCAGCAUGGCAGUCUGGACGUUCGCAUCUACCAGCCGGCGUCCACCAAGCCUCUGCCUCUGAUGGUCUAUUUCCACGGCGGAGGCUACAUCGCCGGCACCCUCGACACGGAGGAUGCGCACUGCCGUAUCUUUGCCGCCAAAGUGCCCUGCCUGGUAAUCAGCGUCAACUAUCCCAAGGCUCCGAAGGUGAAGAUGGACGGCAUUAUCGACGUUGGUGCGCUAUCUGUGCCGUGGUGUCGGAACAGAGCCCAUAAGCUCGGCCAAGAUCCGUUCAAGACCAUCCUCUGCGGCGGCUCGGCGGGCGCCUUCCUCGCCACUCAGAUAGCGUACCGGUUCAUGUGCGAUGGCGAUUCCACAUCGGUGACUGGAUGUGUGCUCCUGUGCCCUGUGGUGCUACACUGGGAGUACGACGGCAAGUAUAAGCACAUGUACACAUCAUGGGAAGACAACGGCAACAGUGGCGUGCCAGUGUUUGGCCUCGAAUUGGCCAAGUUCAUCUGGUCACAUUACGAUAUUGAUUUCACCAGUCCGCGGCACUUUCCCCUCCUCGCAGACGAUCUUUCCAAGUUUCCCCCCUGCUACAUCGUUACCGCAGAGAAGGACUGUGCGCGGGAUGAUGGGAUUUUACUGGACUACAGGCUCCGGGAGAGCGGCGUCAAAAGCAAGCUCGACCAUUACGCCGGCCUGCCUCACUAUUUCCACGUCUUCCCAAGUUUAAGUCUGGCCCAUGAGAUGAUGGCCAAGGCGGUGGAUGGGGCGAGAUUCGUGCUGGACUAG